AGCCUCUUCAUUUCCAUUCUGCCAGGCUGUCUAUCAUCUGCCGUUUUCUCUAGCUGUGAAUAUGAACUGUACUUUCCCUUUGAGAAAAAUAGAAUAGCCACUCCAUACUGAGCUCCAGGAAAUUCAAAAUUAGACUGUGGGUGAGGGGUGAGGGACACAAGAUAAGCAUACCACUUGCAGUAAUUAUCAGCUAACAAAUGGCAGGGGCAGCCUCAAUUUGCCUAAGGCUUUGUAUUUUGUGGUGAUACAUAAUGCAUCAGAGAAGAACCUGUGGCCCUGUGGGUGUUCUUGAAUUACAGUUCCCAUUAUCCCUGCAAAUUGGCUAUGUUUGCUUGGGUUGAUGAGAGUAGAUAUCCAACAAUGUCUAGAGGUGUAUAGAUUUACACACACACACACACACACUGGCAUAAUGCUAAAUUUGGACUGUGCUGUGAUAUAAUCACAAAGACAUGAUUAAUGUUCAGGCUUUCAUUCAGUGCAGUUCCUGCUGCAGUAAGUGCCACUGACUUCAGUGUGACUUACUCUCUAGUAAGCAUGUAUAAAAUGUAGCCUUGUUUUGAAUCAAGAGUAACAUUUCCCUCGGAAGCAUAUCAAUAUAUUAAAAUAUCUGCAAAGACUGGGGCCUAAUUCCAUAGCACUUCUUCUGUAACCAGCUUUUUUGAAGCCACGUUAAUGUGGGGCUACCAAUAUAGUAAUACCCUUGCAGGCAUCCUCUGCGCAUUCUCAUGCAUGCACCAGCCAGUCUCACUGGACCUCAGGAAGAUUCUGUGCAGGACAACUAGAAAGCUGGCAUCUCUGGGAAAGAUGAGCAGCCAGCCCUGAUCUUUGCUGGAAGCCAAGCCCACUGGCAUUGGUGUAUUGACACUGCAUUGUGAGAGUGAAAACAGACGUCAAAGCCUGGCUUUGUACUCUGUUUGGAUUGCAUAUGCAGAGUACAAACCUAUUUGGAUUGAACUGGGGGCAUGCAUAAUUCAUCAGGCAUGAGAGCAGUGGAAAAGGUGAUUCUGACAUGCCCAGUGGUAUUCCAAGGCUAGCACUGUUCUGCAUACCAAAACAGCCUUCGAUCCUGCUCCUCACUACAGCUAAGUGCAAUCAAAGUGGCAGGGAGAAGAGGCUUACUGGAGAGCAUAAUCUUGAUGCUUCUUGAGCAAAGAUUGCAAGUGCCUGGCAAGGAGUCAAGUCAGUACGGACAUGAGCAUACAAGAAAGGUGGCAGGGAGUGAGCAAGGAGGCCUUUGCCCUAGGCCCAGAGAAUCAGGAAAGAUUCCUCUUAGAAGUGGCAGGGGUGGGGGAUAUACCGAGAGGCAGAGAAAAGGUAGCUUUCAGUUGAGAAGCUGGAGUUCUUAGGGCAAGAAGAGGUUAUCUGAAAAAUGAGGAAUAGCAUCCCUUCCACUGCAGUUGGGAUAUUCCUCUUUUGCAGCCACCCAAGAAGGGGGUUUCACAAGCAUGAAGAGGGGAAGCUGGGAGUGGGGACAGCCAUUGUUCCUUGACUUUGCUGCCAAUAAAUGGUUUAGCAGAAGUUUUCUUAUCUCAGAUCCAAAGGGUGAGGGGUAACUUGGUUAGCAGUGGUCAUAGUGAAUGCAAACACCUAGACUGUAAAGAGAGAGGUCUCUCUAAAAAUCUGUGUGGAGAUCCCUAAUCUUCAAAUGUGUUAAUGACAAUUAAUGAGUUUCCCAGUGAUGACAGUACCUUGGUGUGAAAUGUUCUCUCUUUAGAGCUCUGGACAGCACAUCUGAGAUGUGCUUUGGAUGGCUUGAGAGGGUGAGGGGCUGAGCAGGUGACAACUCUUUCUGUAUGCCAAAGCUACCACACCUAUUGCAUACAAGAGGAAACCCCACCUGUUGUAUACACCAAAAUAAGAUGAGCCAUAUGCAUCCGAUUUUCUGGCCCUGUAACAUGGAUGUCUCAAGAAUCAAGGCACUGGGAAUUUACUUAAAACAAAACAAAGCUGAUCAUCUUGGUACAGCCCCAAUGAGGUUUCAUAAAGAGUCACAAAACUGCAAUUCAGAGUUCUCUGAGGAGUGAUUUCUGUAUGAACAAAGGGAACUCUACACAUCACCUUUGCUUCACCAGUACCAAAUUCACUUAGUUCUCUGCAGAACUUUGAUGGGUUAUUUUUGUUCUAUUCCCAAAUGGCCUUGUUGCCUCCACUUGAACCUUUCAGGCUAUAUUCUGUAGGAUAUUAGUGCCUUCCUGACCCUCCCUAUCUUGCUUACUCAGGUGUCAAGAUGUCACUGAAAGUGCAGACGAGUAACAUCACAAACAAGAAUGAUCCCAAGUCCAUCAACUCCAGAGUCUUCAUUGGGAACCUCAACACAGCAGUGGUCAAGAAGUCAGACGUAGAGACCAUCUUCUCUAAGUACGGCAGGGUGGUGGGCUGCUCCGUUCACAAGGGCUAUGCAUUUGUACAGUACUCAAACGAGAGACACGCACGGGCUGCUGUCCUGGGGGAGAAUGGGAGAGUGCUCGCCGGGCAAACCCUAGAUAUAAACAUGGCUGGAGAACCAAAGCCCAACAGACCGAAAGGGCUGAAAAGGACAGCAUCAGCCUUAUACAGUGGCUAUGACUUUGACUACGACUACUACAGAGAUGACUUCUAUGACAGGCUCUUUGAGUAUCGGGGACGGGUCUCUCCCAUACCAAGGGUGGUUCCGGUGAAGCGUCCGCGAGUGACAAUCCCUUUAGUAAGACGUGUAAAAGCAACACUCCCAGUUAAACUCUUUGCCCGCUCUGCUGCCAUUGCAAACAGCUCUGCCAAAUUAAAACUGAAAUGCAGUGAACUGCAGACAAUUAAAACCGAACUGACACAGAUCAAAUCCAACAUUGAUGCUCUCCUGGGCAGAUUGGAGCAAAUUGCUGAACAACAGAAAACAUCAACAGAAGUUAGAAAGAAAGCAGAUGGAAACAAAAGUGAGAUUUCCCAAGAAGACACAGCAUCAGAGGCAGAAAUGAACACAGAGGAGCCACUAAACGGGGAAGAGGGAGAAGAAGAAGGCCUUGUGCAAGAUGAUUGUGAAGAUGAAUUGGUAAGAAAACACAGGAAAACACUCUCCCACUUGAACGAAUUCCUCAGCCUGGUGCUAUUUUAACUGCUCAUAUUUCUGAGAAAAGCGAUUUUCUCUUCCUUCGCCUGCUCCUAGAAUAAAUAGGCAUUUGUAACGUUGCAACCUGUGCAGCUCUUUGAGAGGGGGGUUGUCCAGGAGGCACAAGGCAUAGUGCUGCUAUCGAAUGAGAUCUGCCCUUCCAAGUUCACCUUGCAACACAUCCAGGUUGUCUUAACUGUCAGUCUCUUACUAAUCAAAAUUGCUUUGAUCCAAGAAAAUUUCUCCUCAAAAAUAUGACGGUUUGCAUAAACGGCAAGGAAACAUACCGUAGCCCUCAUGACAGACAGUUGGAGACAGAGCUGUGCAAAAUUUCAGUCAAACCCCUCCACAAACACACACACACAAACAAUCCCUUUUCUCUUUUUUUUCUUCUCACUUUCUUUCAGGAGAAUAGCCAUUACACAGAUGCGGAGGACUCCAGCCUACAGUAACCAGGUAAAUUUAAGAGCGUGUAAAAUCCUUUAAUGAAAUGUCACAGUCAGGAGACCCAGAUCCUGCUGUCUGGAUGAAUUAUGCUGACACAAAAGAUUAGAUAUAAGAUAGAUUUGCAUGCCUAAAUUCAAUCGUACAACUUUUUUCUUUCAUUUGUCAAAUCAUUUGUCCUGAUUUUUGUUUUUGGUGUACACUCCCACCCACAGCUCUUUUGCCGUGGCCUACAGAAAGAGGAUUGCAGCAGAUCUCACAAGCCACAGGAAUGCAGAGAGAGAAGGAAUUCGAAGAGUUAGCAGAAAAUACUAUGACAUUCCCACACUUUUUUAAACCUUUUGGAAGUCAGCACUCUCCACCUUCCAGUAGAUUUUAGACUGGAAACCAGGGCUGAGCAACAUGCAGCCUGCAGGCUGUUAGAGGCACCCACCCGUGCUGCUCUGAAUGCAGCAGUGAAACAAUACUGGGCAUGAAAUGGCUGCAUGGCCAUUAUGGAGCUCUAAAAUAUAGCUUUGGGGUAUAUUUUUUAGCACUGGCCCUGCAGAAUAGGCAGCGCCCCUCAGUGCGUGGUUCACUUGAGAUCCAGACUAAUUGAAAAUUGCCCCUUGCAGUUGCCUACCCAUGUUGCAAACACUUAGUAAAAACAUCACCCGUGUUCUCUGCUUUCUCUCUGCAACCAUUACACUAGAAUGAGCUCUUUUGUAUAAAUCACAUUGCAUUAUUUAAUAAGGGACUUGGUACCCUGCCUAUCCACUAUGAAAAAGGAGGCAUUCUAGUUGGUUUCUAUAGCCCAACCUUCCUCACAAGGUUGUUGUUGCUAGGAUAAGAUUGAGAGGAGGAGGACUAUGCAAGUUGCCUUGAGUUCCUUGAAAGGGAAAAAUAACAUGAGAUAUGAAUAUAAUAAAUAAAAAAUAACACUAUUUGCAUGCAUCGCAUGCUCUCCACACUUGAACUACAGCAAUUCCUACAAAAAAUGCUUCCUCACCACUGAACAUGAACCACAGUGCUUUUAAGUCAUUCAUAUGGCGCUUGUGUUAAAACCCUCUUUUUUUCCUCGUACCCCUCCAUUUUAGCAUGUUCAACACAGUGGCCAUGAAAAGAGGGAGGACAGCAAGAGCUGAAACCCUGCUUGGCAUGUUGACCCAGACAAGCAUAACAUGCAGGAGUGCUAUCAUCUCUGCCUGGCAUUCGAGAAGGAGAACCAUGGACCAAUCUCUCCAAGCUGUUUUGUAGUACACAGCAAACUAGUCAUCCCAGUGGAUCCUCCUCAUUGCCCACCCCCAAACAGCCCAUCCUUGUCCUGCAGACUCGGAGCCCUGCUGCUGGUACAAGCAUCACCUGUCCUUUGGCCUCCAAUAACUAGACCAUGGAAAUGGUCUCCUGAUGACAGAUGAAGAUUUGGAUUUUUCUUUCUAGCACCAGGAAAAGAAAGAGAGGGGGGAGGGAGGGAGAAAGAAAGAAAGAACCAACAUAAAGAGUCUUGUUCCUAAGACAGAUGCGACAGUGAUGUGCAAUGUGAAGAGAAAGAAAACUAUGUUGCCAUGUGCAAUUUGUGGUUUUGCUUUCGGAAGCCGGAUCAUGACCAGGACAACUAGGGGCAUGGUGCCUCCUACUGGGCCACUUGCCUCCUUUGAAUAGUGUCAAGGCAGAGCCACCUUACAGCUUUACAGAGUCUGCAACUUUCAAAACAUGUCUUGAUGUGCAGUGUGCCCUUUGGAAAGAUGGACCAAGAACGUGGCUCUUGACAGAUCAUUCUGAAAGGAGUGACUAACCGUCUUCCUCCAUGCAGUUUCCUAAGCAUCAGGAAAGGUUAAGGCAGGUGGCAGGUCUCUGCUACAAAGGUAGGGGUGAGCACUGAGUACAGUUAGACUAGAAGAUAUAAUAGGGGGCACCUAUUAAACUCAAAAUUUUCAGAAAGAGGGGUGAGACUGAUCACUUUACAACCUAGCCAGUGCUCUUGUUGUUCACUGAAGUUCCAUGAAAUCAUUUAUUUGUUGUUCAUAAAGAUAAGGUCUGCCAAAUCCAGUUCUAAAGGAAGGGAAAAGAUGAGAUGAUCACGUGGCAGUGUAGAUCCCCCGCCACCACCCACAUCACAUGACAACUGAAGCCAAUAGCAGUGUGGGCGUGCAUAUUUCCAGUUUGUGAUAUAAGGAGUCUAAGAUGAGGAGAAAAUAAGGUUCUUCUCAUUUUCAUCUAAGGAUCCCCUUUUAGCCCAUUUACACUCACAAAGACAAAAGAGAAGCAAGUAUGUUGUACUGUUAUUGAACUGAAACAUCCUGCAGAAUUGCACUUUUCAUUUGUUUGUUUGCAGUGUUCCUUUCUCUGUACAAACAACUCCAAGGUAGUUUGCUCCUAGUCAUCAACUUCAGCCAUAGAUGAUGCAAUGUAUGAAGAGCAAUUCAGUCCUACAGACCGUCAAAACAUGUUUAGGAAGAGAGAGAGCACUAUUGUCUCAGCCAUUUUUAAAGGACUUGAUUCUACAAAUUAUGCAAAGGAUUUCUGCUGGAAGACACACACCAGUUCCUGACACUGUGGAAUUUCCUUUCCUUUGGAUUUGUUAGAUGAGAAUCUUUGCUCUUGAAGCACAACAUUUUACAAUCAAUUUCUUUGUUGACAAUAAUACCCAUGGCAAGUAAAUAUAGGCAAGUGUUUUGUUCGUCCUCUCUUUUUUCUAUUGCCCAAUCUGUUGCCUCCUCCUGCAAAGUUUGGUGACUUUGUUAUUUUGAGCUAUUUUAGACCUGCUUUCUAGGCUUUUUGUUUUCCUAAGACCCAACUAUGAGACUGAGGCAUGGAAGAAGAGAGGGGGCUUUGUACAUACAAUCCUGUAUAAUAAAAGGAGGAAAUUGAUUCAUCUUAUACCAUUGCAUGUUUUCCUCAUUCCAAUAUGCUAUAUAUCAUUGCUACCUUUGGAAAAUUCUAAUAUGAACUGAUUUCAGGCUAGGACUUCUUUACAUAGGCUGUUAUUCUUGCACACAUUUCAAUUAAUAGAGAACCAUGUCUCUGCCAGGGGUGUCAGAAGAAACUGUGAAAGGUUCAGAAAAGUUCAGAUUUCUAUAAAUCCGACCUGCAGAUUCCACAGCAAGCUACUUUUUUCCAAGUCACAUGGACUUGUGGAUUUGUUUUAAUGCUGAGAGAGAUCUGUUUUGAUACAAAUUAGUACACUCAUGCAAAUGAAUAUGAAUUAACACAAGUGGAAUGGAACUCUGGUUAAAACAACAAAUCUGCUUUUGUCAAUGAGCAGAUGAUGGAAUGAAAGAUCCCUGACAAUCCUUAAAUCACAGACAGAAUGAAUUUAACAAGAUCCAUACAUUCCUAGAUCCUAGAAAAUGCAAUGAACUGCAGUGCUGUGCUUGUUUUAUUGGUGAAGUGUAUGGGUCUAAAUGCCUAAAGUAGCUUCAUUGCAGAAUUAGCUCUAACCAAGCAACUCUUUGGCACACGCACCUACCAUCUGCAUGACAAACGACUCUCCCCCACACUCAGCAAGA